UUUUGUAAAAUGGUGGAGUACAUUUUCUUUCUGAUCAUUAUCGCUCAUAAUGAUUUUAUCAGUCUAAAUAUAAAACUCAGAUGUAAAUUUACUACGGAUAGCCAGAUUCUUGUAUUGAGUUUGGCCUAGGUGUUCAUUUCAUUUCUGUUCCUUUGAAACCGAAACCAUUUUACAUAAAUCCCCGGAUGUUGUGUUCACGCGCGCAGAAGCGAAAUUUGACGUAAUGGCGGCAGUGCGAAGAAAACGGCCUAUAGAUGCAAUACACGCUGAAGCAAGUCAAAGGAGGGAACAGAAAUCAACGAAGAGCAAUAUGGAAUACGUAGAAGGCGCAAUUGUUCGCAUAAAAUUAGAAAAUAUUCUAACAUAUGAUUCUGUGGAGUUUCAAACUGGACCCUAUCUCAAUGUGAUCAUAGGACCUAAUGGUACAGGAAAAUCCACAAUAGUUUGUGCAAUAUGUCUGGGUCUUGGCGGUAAAAUUGGACUUUUAGGAAGGGCUCAGCAGGCAGCAGAAUUUAUAAAAUAUGGAAAGCAAAAAGGAAUAAUUGAACUGGAGUUAUUCAACACUGAUGGAGACAAUUAUGUGAUUGUCAGGGAGAUACACAGGAACAACCAAUCUCAAUGGAAUGUCAAUGGACGUGGGGCCACCUUGAAAGCUGUAGAGGAGCUUGUCAUGAGUAAGAACAUCCAGGUCGGGAAUCUGUGUCAGUUCCUACCCCAGGAGAAGGUUGCAGACUUUGCGAAAAUGACACAGGAAGAAUUAUUGGAAAAUACAGAAAAGGCUGUUGGACCCCCAGACAUGUAUGAAAACCAUAUGAAACUAAAGGAGGCGAGGAAUGAAAGUCGAAGCCUCAAACAAGGAUUCGAAAAUCUUGAAGAACGAUUAGCACAAAACAUCAACAAAAACAGCAGAUUAGAACAAGAUGUAAAGAAUUUUCAGGAGCGUGAGCGUCACCUGGAGAAGGUGGAAAUCCUUCAGAAAAAGCGGCCCUGGAUAGAAUACGAUGAAAAAAGGAAAGCGUAUGAUGUAGUGAAAAGAGAUCGAGACAGCAAAAUGGACUCACUGAAGCAAGCGAAAGUGCAGUUUGAGCCUCUGCAGAGAAGACUCGACGAGAUUGCAGCAAAGAAAGAAAAAGCUGAUUUACAAAUGAAACAGAAGACAAACAGCCUCAGAGAUUUUGCAACAAAAGCCCAGGCAAAUAGCAAAGAGAUAGAAGCAGCUACUGACAAGCAAAAUGAAAUUCUGGAUGAUUUAAACCUCAAAAAGACGGAGGAAAAUUCAAGAAGAAAAAGAAUUCAAGACCUACAACGACAGGUGGAUGCUCUGCAAUCUGAAUAUCAAAACACAGAUGAGCAGGAAAAUCUACAGCCAUUACUGGAAAAGGCAACCAAUGAAAUGCGAGCUGUGAACAGAAAGAUGACACAAAUACAUGAGGAGGGUGAGGGUAUCCGACGUGGCAUUGCAGAUCUAAAGAGACAAGUGGAUGGAUACCAGCAAGAGCUGAGGAGGAUACAGAAUGUGGAGAAUAAGCGAAUGGAGAUCUUACGAGGCAAGGACAAAGACACCUACAAUGCUGUAUUGUGGUAUAAAGAAAAUAAACACCAGUUCAGAGGCAAUGUUCAUCUCCCUAUGAUGUUGUCUAUAAAUCCGAAAGAUGCUUCAUUUGCCAAAUACAUAGAGAUGCACAUUAGUGCCAAGGACUUUCAGGCCUUUGUGUUUGAGGACAGCGAGGAUUACACGAACUUUAUGAACAUGAUCCGUGACGAACAGAAGCUAAAGGUCAAUGCUGUCAAGGUUCCUCAAGCUCCACUGAGUUCGUUUAAACCUAAAUACAGCAUAGAUCAUUACAGGCAGUAUGGGUUCCAGGGCUACCUGAGGGACUACAUGCACUGCCCAGAAGGGGUGAUGAGAUACCUUUGUGCCCAGUACAACGUACAUGCCAUACCUGUUGGCAACAGGAAAACCAAAGACUGUAUAGAAGACAUCAAGAGAGACCACCCAGAGCUGCGCACCUUUUUUACUGAUGAUUAUCAGUAUACAUUUCGGGUUUCCAGAUAUGAUGGGACAAUUUCUUCAAGAAGUUCCAAAAUAAGAUUCCCGACAUGGUUGACUGCAUCAGCUGAUACAACAAGGGAGAAAGACCUGGAAUCUCAGAUACGAGGAUUUCAAGACGAGUUAAAGAAACAGGAAGAAAAAUACCGAGAUCUUCAGCGACAGUCAAAAGAGCUUGAAGUGAGGAUGAACCGAUUGAGAGAGGAAAAGAAACAACUUACUCAGAAGAAGGACCAGAAAAAGAAACUUCUAUCUCAAAUUGAAAAUAAAAAACAAAGAAUUAAAACAGAAGAGGCAGAGGCAAUCAAUUUGCAAGCUGAGAAGGAACGAACAAAGAAAAAGACUAGGGACAUCAAUAUCAAAAAGUGUAAAUCUCUGCAAUUGAUGAAGGGAAACACACAGAAAUGCCUGGAGUUGAUUAUGGGGAAGGUGCGGCUAAGUCUGCAGCAUGCUUCCAUUGUCAAGGACCAAGAGAUAGUUGAAGAGGAAUUGAGGGACCAGUCCCAGCAUUUGGUGAAUCUCGAGAGAUCUGCAGAAGAGGCAAAGUUGUUGGUGCGACAGACUAAAGAUUCAGCCAAACACUUACUGGACCUGGCCAAACGUGCUACCAGAACGGCUGCCAAUGCUGAGCUUUCAAAUGAACUCCGUGAGAGGUUUGAGCAGUAUCCUGCCACACUAGAUGAGAUUGACGCAAUGAUUCACGAGGAACAGGCACGAGCUGAUUCACUGUUCCAGGCAGAUAAAAGUAUCGUGAAGGAGUAUGAGGCUCGUAAAAAAGAGAUUGCUGCCCUUGAGGCCGAGCUGGAGAAGCGACGACGUACCAUGGCAGGCCAUCAGGAGGAGAUUGAACGAGCCAAACAGCAGUGGCUCGAGCCACUCAAGGGUCUUAUAGACACAAUCAAUGACAACUUCAGUUACUUCUUCUCCUGUAUGAACUGUGCUGGGGAGAUAGAACUCCACCAACCAGAGAACCAGGAAGACUAUGAGAAGUAUGGGGUGAAGAUAAAGGUGAAGUUCCGUGAUGCUGAGAGUCUGCGAGAACUGACCCCACACCAUCAGUCUGGUGGGGAGAGGAGUGUGGCCACCGUUCUCUACAUGAUGGCACUACAGGAGCUGGCGAAGUGUCCCUUCAGAUGUGUGGACGAAAUCAACCAGGGCAUGGAUCCUGUCAACGAGAGGAAAGUGUUUGAACUUGUGGUACAGACUGUUUGCAAGAAGUCCUCAUCACAGUAUUUCCUGCUCACUCCAAAGCUACUGCCUGACCUUCUGUAUGCAGACAACAUGACAGUUCUUUGUGUGUACAACGGGCCAUCAAUGCUGAACCACACUGAGUGGAAUCUGAAAAAAUUCCUGAGGAGGCGACGGAAAAUUGAAGAUUGAACACAGAAAUAAACAAGUUGAAUAAAUAAAGGACAAUUGUGAUAUGGUGGUGAGAGAGAGAAAUGAGAGUGAUGUAUCGUUAUUAGAGAAAGUGUUUGAGACAACGAUCCUAACGGUGCCAAACUUAUUUUUAAAACUGUUGUCUUGUCAUACAUUUUACUGUUGCUAAAAAAAAUAAGAUUAAUCUUCGGUUUCUCAGGCACUGCCAUAUGUGUUUUUUCAUGCCAUUGCCAAGUUCUAUCAUCAAAAUAGCUAUCAAAAUGGUGGAUGCCGAAAUCUAUGAAGUUAGUUCCUUUUCUGAGGUCCUUUUUAAAAUGUUUUGUUUCCGAAGUACUGCUACUUGUGUUUUUAGCUGAUAUAUAUUUAAAAAUUUGAAUUCAUGAUCAGGACCCUAGCUAAUUACAAAAAUAAAAAGUAAAUAAAACAUCUGCAUGCUGUAUUACAUUCUCGAAAAAUGGGCCAGGAAAAGUAAAGAUUAAAAUCAUUUAGCAUUAAAAUAUCCAUUUUGAAUUACUCGGAAUACAAAAUCAUCAUUUCUGCAAGUUGAAGACAUGAUUUUUCAAUUUUACACAGAGAGAGGGGAAAUACUUUCUUUCAAAUUAUUUUUUGAGAUACACUGCCUUUACAGUUUAGAUUCAUUUUGACUUGUAGUGUAAAGUAUUUUUGUUUUUGGGUCACAGCCCAAAGUAUUUCCCUGGACUUCUAUGGUCUUAUGGUGAGUUUAAUGCACACUGCUUUGAAUAACAAUAAAAAUAUUAUCAACUUCAAUUAUGAAACUUGCAUUGUGUGAUAGUGCCAUCAAAAUAAGUUAUUCACAAUGAUAUUUGAAAUUUUAUCAAAUUCAAUAUAAUUCAUGUUGUUUUUGGAGAUGGUCACAGGUGAAAAUCUCCUGCCAUUCCAAAAUUGUUAUCAAAAUGUCCAAGUCUGUUAAGAAAACAUUCCAAAAUAGCUGCCUUUGGAGUCGGUUUGUGGUUAGUAGUUACCUAAGGAAUUCUUGUUAGCCCUCCUUACUUUUGUAUUUCGAUAAUUGCAUGACUGAUGAGCAUUACUUUUUCCAUUUUCUGAUUAUAAUUGUAAUACUAUGUUAAUUAUUUUUAGCCCUCCUUACUUUUGUAUUUCGAUAAAUGCAUGGCUGAUGAGCAUUAAUUUUUCCAUUUUCUGAUUAUAUUAUAAUGAUUGUAAUACUACGUUACAAACACAGUUUCAGUUUAUUUAAUAUUGUCAAUAUGAGAUUUCUUGAGUACCAGAAGCAUGUAAAAUGGAGUAAGAUUGAGUUAUACCUGAGUGAAACACAAAACACUUGUUCUACAGUACUAAUGCUACUUUAAAAUCUGAAUCACAUCUUCUAAGCCUUUGGAUAUUUUGUCAAGUUGGAACAGGAAGAAAUUUAUGUCUGACCUGUAUCACGCCUUUACAGUUUGGUUUAAUCAUUACAACAGCAAUGUUGGAUAAAAAAUACUUUGGUACUGAAAAUUAGUUUGCUUGUAGCUUAACUAUCCUGUAGACCAAAAGUACCUCCUAGCAUUUGACUAUCACAGACAACUUGACUCUUAUUCAGCAUGGGUUACACAACAAAACUACAAACUUUAUGAACACAUAAUCUUGUUCCUAAUACUUCCCAUUAUUUAAAAGAAAAACUGUCCUCUUAGUCUUAUAACUAUACAACACUGUCACAAGUAUAAACUCUCAUUUUCAGAGACAGCCGACUUAGAAUGGUCCAUUUCUUUUAAUGUUUUGGUUGGAUAACGAUAUAUAAAGUAGUCAGAUAUUAUAGUCAACCUGACUGAUAUUUACUAUAAGCUUAUUUAUAUACCUCAAAUAAUUCUGUCAACUUAUUUUCUCCAUGUAAGGUGGAAGAUGUGGAAUCACAUUGCUCGGCCCUUUUUUGUUGGUUAACAUUUUUCAUUGCCCUCAUUUCAAAUGUUUUGUGAAUUGAGUUAUAUUAAAAUUACAUGUAUUAUCUGAGAUUGAAAACAUUUGUUUUAUUAUUUUUCUUUCCUUUUUCAAGAAGUUUGCUGAAUAUAGCUACUUCUCAGCAUAGAAGUAAAGGAAUUUGUUUUGUUUGUGGUACAUUGUAGAUCAUCUGUCCGUUUUAAAUGUGUGUUGUGUUUUAGUUUAUUUGUCAGUAGUAAUAGGCAUGAUUAUUAGUGCUCUGUUGAAUUUCAUGUGUUUUAGAACUGUCAUCAUUUAUGAAUAUUUUUUUAUGAAGAAGACAAUUAGUACAUUUUGUUAUUCUCUAUUUAGCUAGAAUUUAGGGGAGAAUUUGCAUUCAAAGAACUAUUUGAAGCUAAAGUGUUAUUAUUGAAGCAAGGAAUGCUCCGAACAUUUGAAGGCAUUGCAAAUAUUGUCUUUGUAUAUCUAGUCUUCUCAUGUUCACUCCCAAAUAUUACUUAGGGUCGGGAAAUUUGGCACAAUAUGAAUAGAAUUAUUUUGAUGUCAUUUUCUUUGGAAUUAAUUAGAUAUUGGUAUUUGUUCAUUAUAACUUGUGUGCGAAAUCAAUUACUUUCACAUGUUUCUGUGACAUAUUUUAAGAUCUAAUUUUUACACAUGGUAAGAGCCACUGCCAGGUGCCUGUACCGAAGGCUAGAUUUGAGUAUUGUUUAUUAGAAAGCUAGUCUUUAUUUGGUUGAUAAAAAAGAUCAUCUAGAUAUGACCUUUAUGUAUUGUGUUUUACAUUGGUGAAGUUAAUGUACAUGUAUGGUGUAAUACUAUGUUCAUCAAGUUGCCUUUUUUCUUUUUAUGAUAUGAUUUGUUGUAAAAAAAAUGUUCGGAUAAAUUAGUGCUUGGAAAUAAAAAGUCUUGAUAAAUUACCUGCAGUUUGACAGAGGUGGGCUGAUUAAGGCCAAAUAGAAGACAAUAGUGUAUUCCUACUGCUCUAAUUAACUGUAAAAGACAAUGAUAGGUUGUAGCUAAAUGUAAGGCAUCAAUAAUCUGCUAAAGCUUAUAAUGGUCAUUUUGUGUCCUUUAUCUGAUCCUAAAAGCGUCUCAGCCAUUUGAAUAUACACUGGUUACGUUAGUACCAGUAGAUAGUAUGUUAUUAUUUUGGUAGAAUAAAUAUUCAAACUAAAAUGAUUGUCUAUUUACUUGCAAUUUAGGUCACUGGCAAAAACAAAUUGACCUUCUUCAGCUGCUAGCGUCUUGGACAAAUAACAACAACAUUUGGAAGUAAUAUCUAUGUAAGAACCCUAUUAACACCAGUUAACCAUUUUUCAUGCAUUUAUUCCCCUGCAUAAUUUUAUCUACUUUUUUCAUUUUGAAAAACAUGAAAACAUUACAAACAAUUAUCUGCAGUGUUUGAUAGAAAUAAAACUAGUUUUAUUUAGUUUUAAGUUGUCUUUUCAUUAUCAUAUUAUGAUUCAAGUAAUUUUAAUUUUAGACCAAACUCUUUUUUGUUUUUGUUUCUUCAUCCCCACUGUGUUAAAAAACCUAGAUCAAACAUACUAGUAGUUAUUUAUUUGUUCAGAUUUUAAACCUUUGAAUACUUUAAGAUAUUUUUCGAUGAAACUUAUUAAAAAGGAAUAACAUGAAAUAUAAA